CUGAACUGAAACAAAAAGCAACAACAAUACAUCAACUGACAAAAAAAGAAAAAGAAAAAGAAAACAAUACACAUGACCAAGAGCCUCGCAACGACCGAAUUUCCACCUCCGACAAUGGAACUCGACCUCGACGCCUUCCUUAACUCUCCCCUCACUAGCGAUGGCGACGAUGACGACCCCGAGAACCCCAACUCUGUACUUCACCGCACAAUCGACGAAAUCCUCAACGCCUCCGAUUCCUCCACGUCAUCUUCGCCCCCUACCUCCCCGCUGUCCAUUCAUAUACGCGCCUUAAAUCCCAAACAAGAAGUCUCUCAGUCCGUUAACGACGCCGUCUCAGUCUCCCUUCCUAAAGCCCCCUCGGAGUCUUCAAUCUCCGAAACCCAAACGGUUCAGUCCAAACCAGGCUCCUUCGCUCGGGUCAGGCCCGGCGGUGGGUUCUCGGACGACACGCUUCGGAGGGCGCUGCCGUCGCUGUUUGGCGGGGUCAGACCGAACGCGAAGCCUGGGGCAGCGCUGGCUGCGGCGGCGGCGGCGUCGAGGGCUCUGCCGACCCCGCACGCAGCGGCGAUAAAGUCGAGGAGGGCCGCGAAUUCCCAAUUGGUUUCGGAUGGGUUGGACUCUGCGAAUGGAAUUCGUGAUGAGAAAAUGGGCGACUUCCAGUCUGCUGAGGUUUCGAGAGGGAAUGAGGUUUUGGAGGGUGUAAAAGAUGAGGGUUUUGGCGAGCUUUCUCAUGGUAAAGAGGUCGAAAGCGAAGCGGAAAAUGUGGCUCAAGUGGAUGGAUUAAGGGUUAGUGAUAACGACGAAGAAUUGGCGGAAACAAGCACUCCAAUUUCAAAUUCCAAUGUUGAACCGGUGAAUGUUGAGGAGGACGCGAGCAAUGCAAAUCCAGAUGAGGAUGCUUGUGUGGUGGACGAGAACAAUUCUGAAGUUUUGGAUGCUGAUGGUUCAGAAGACAAGGGCGGUCAUUCUUUGGACGAAUUUCAUGAGAAACGGAAGGUUGAGGAGGACUCUACAAUGGAGGCCUUGGAAACACGGGAUUUGGGGAAAGACAUCCAUGGCUUGAAAGAUGACGAGGAUACGAGUUCAUUAUCUGAUAUCACUGAGCUUGUGGAGGAGAGAAUUGGGCAGUUGGAGAGUAGGAGAAUUAGUAAAAGAGCGGAACAGAAAUCACGGGCUUCGAUGAAGCCGCUGGAAUUAGCUGAGGAGCUUGAAAAGAAGAAUGCUUCCACUGGUUUGCAUUGGGAAGAGGGUGCAGCUGCUCAACCAAUGAGGCUUGAGGGCGUACGGAGGGGGUCGACCACGUUGGGAUACUUUGAUAUUGAGUCGGACAAUACUAUCACACGGACCAUUUCUUCUCAUCUAUGCAGGAGAGAUUAUGGUUCUCCUCAAGUCUUGGCUGUUCAUACGAGUUAUAUUGCAGUGGGAAUGUCAAAAGGGGUCAUUUUAGUCGUGCCCAGUAAAUAUUCCUGUUAUAAUCCUGAUCACAUGGACGCAAAGACAUUGAUGCUUGGUGUGCAAGGGGAUCGAUCACAUGCCCCUGUAACUUCCAUGUGCUUCAACCACCAGGGAGACCUGCUCUUAGCUGGUUAUGGUGAUGGUCAUAUUACUGUUUGGGACAUACAGAGAUCAUCAGCUGCAAAGGUUAUUACUGGAGAGCAUACAUUACCAAUAGUACAUACAUUGUUUCUGGGUCAGGAUUCUCAGGUUACUCGUCAAUUUAAAGCAGUUACUGGUGAUAGUAAGGGUCUAGUUCUGUUGCAUGCUUUCUCAGUGGUUCCCUUACUCAAUAGGUUCUCCAUCAAAACCCAGUGUCUCCUUGAUGGACUAAAAACCGGACUUGUGCUAUCAGCUUCACCACUCCUUUUUGACGAAUUCUCUGGAGUUGCUUCCCUGUCCUCUCAGGGAAACAAUGCAGUUUCUUCCAGUAGUCUUGGUAGUAUGGUGGGAGGCGUAGUUGGCGGAGAUGCAGGCUGGAAACUCUUUAAUGAAACCUCUUCUUUAGUUGAAGAAGGUGUGGUCAUAUUUGUCACCCAACAAACUGCUCUAGUGGUAAGGCUCACUCCAACUUUGGAAGUCUAUGCUCAACUUUCUAAGCCGGAUGGGGUUCGUGAGGGUGCUAUGCCUUAUACUGCAUGGAAAUGCAUGACACAGUCACGUGGUUCACCUACUGAAAAUAUGCCUGUGGAAGCAGCAGAGAGAGUUUCCUUGCUCGCAAUUGCUUGGGAUCGGAAAGUUCAGGUUGCAAAGUUAGUCAAAUCAGAGCUAAAAGUAUAUGGGAAAUGGUCUGUUGACAGUCCAGUUGUAGGUCUGGCUUGGUUGGAUGAUCAGAUGCUGGUGGUGCUCACAUUAACUGGACAACUCUGUUUGUUCACUAAGGAAGGAACUGUGAUUCACCAAACAAGAUUUUCUGUGGAUGGCUCUGGAGGAGAUGAUCUUGUUGCAUAUCAUACUCACUUCGUCAAUUCCUUUGGAAACCCUGAGAAAGCUUAUCACAAUUGUAUAGCUGUAAGAGGAGCUUCUGUAUAUGUACUUGGACCUAUGCAUCUUGUUAUUUCUCGCCUUCUCCCAUGGAAGGAACGGAUUCAGGUUCUGAAGAAAGCAGGUGACUGGAUGGGUGCCCUUAACAUGGCAAUGACACUUUAUGAUGGCCAAGCUCAUGGCGUUAUUGACCUCCCUAGAAGCUUGGAUGCUGUACAGGAGGCCAUAAUGCCGUACCUGGUAGAGUUGCUUUUGUCAUAUGUAGAUGAAGUAUUUUCCUAUAUUUUGGUGGCAUUUUGCAACCAAAUUGAAAAAGUGGAACAGCUGGAAAACCCAAAUAGUAGAAGCAGUUCUGUGCACUCUGAAAUAAAAGAGCAAUACACUCGCGUGGGUGGAGUUGCUGUUGAAUUCUGUGUUCAUAUCAAGAGGACUGACAUUCUUUUUGAUGAAAUUUUCUCCAAGUUUGUGGCUGUUCAACAGAUAGACACAUUUUUGGAGCUUUUGGAGCCAUAUAUUUUGAGGGAUAUGCUUGGAUCUCUACCACCUGAGAUUAUGCAAGCACUCGUAGAGCAUUAUAGCAGCAAGGGGUGGUUACAGCGAGUUGAACAAUGUGUCCUUCACAUGGAUAUCUCUUCCUUGGAUUUCAAUCAGGUUGUCAGGUUAUGUAGGGAGCACGGAUUAUAUGGUGCUCUGGUUUAUCUCUUCAAUAAAGGAUUGAAUGAUUUUAGGGCUCCUUUAGAGGAGCUGUUUGUGGUGUUGCGAAAUAGUCUAAAGGAAAGUGCUGCUGCCCUUGGGUAUAGGAUGCUUGUUUAUCUGAAAUACUGCUUUUCAGGUCUUGCUUUUCCACCAGGACAAGGAACUCUGCCCACUACACGCUUGCCAUCACUUAGGACCGAACUUCUACAAUUUCUACUAGAAAAAUCUGAUGCCCUGAAUUCACAAGCAGUUUCAAGCUUAUCAUCUGGAGGAGCAUACCUGAACCUGUAUCAUCUUUUACAGUUAGAUACUGAAGCUAGUUUAGAUGUUCUGAGAUGUGCGUUUGUAGAAGAUGAAAUCCCAAAACCCAACUUUUCAUCGCAUGAUUCAGCAGAUGAAAAUAUGGAGGUGAAAAAAGAAGAUGAUAGUGGAUGUAAAAAUUUAUUGGUUCAAGAUACGUUGAAUGCUCUUGUUCAUAUUCUUAGUAGGGACAUCUUCCAAACUGAGAGGUCUGGUAGCAAAGAUGUCAUGGGAUCAGUUGAAGAGUGGCCUUCAAAGAAAGACAUAGGUCAUAUUUAUGAGUUUAUAGCAUACUAUGUUGCAUGUAGAAGAGCUAAUGUCUCAAAAAGUGUACUGAGUCAGAUUUUAGAGUAUUUAACAUCACAGAAUACUUUUCCACCUAGUGUUUCCACACAUCGUAUAAUUUCAAAAAGAAGAGAGAAGCAGGUGCUUGCCCUUCUAGAAGUAGUUCCUGAGACUGACUGGAAUGAUUCUCAUGUGUUAGAUCUAUGUGAGAAAGCACAAUUUUACCAGGUUUGUGGCUUUAUUCAUAGUAUCAGACACCGGUAUCUUGCUGCAUUGGAUAGCUACAUGAAAGAUGUAGAUGAACCCAUUCACGCAUUCUCCUUUAUCAACAAAACAUUAUUACAGCUGAGUGACAGUGAACUUGCCGUUUUUCAGUCAGCAGUCAUCUCUCGGAUACCCGAGCUGGUUGACUUAAGCAGAGAGGGUUCGUUCUUCUUGGUCAUUGAUCAUUUCAACAAAGAAGCUUCACAUAUCCUGUCUGAACUUCACUCUCAUCCACGAAGCCUUUUCCUCUAUUUAAAAACAGUCAUUGAGGUUCACUUAUCUGGCACCCUCAAUUUUUCUUAUUUAAGACAAGAUGAUUUUAUGGAUUCUUCUGAUGGAAGAAGGGUAAAGGAUCAGUCUAGAGGACUUGAGUUCUACAUGGAGAAAAUCUCUGAUUUCCCCAAGUUCCUGCGUAAUAAUCCGGUUGAAGUGACUGAUGAUAUGAUUGAGCUUUAUCUGGAGCUAUUAUGUCAAUAUGAACCUGAUUCAGUUCUCAAAUUCCUGGAGACAUUUGAUAGCUAUCGUGUGGAACACUGUUUACGCCUGUGCCAGGAAUAUGGGAUUAUAGAUGCUGCCGCAUUCUUAUUAGAAAGGGUUGGUGAUGUGGGGAGUGCUCUUUUACUUACACUUUCAGGCCUUGAUAGCAAAUUUGUUGAGCUUGAUACUGCCUUGGGAGGUUUAGUUUCUAAUGGUACUUCGAGUUCUGCUGCUGGUACAGAGGAUUUCUGCACCGUAUUAUAUAUGAAGGAGGUGAAUGCUAUACACAAUAUAUUGAAUGCCUGUAUUGGAUUGUGUCAGCGGAACACCCCUCGUUUGAACCCUGAGGAGUCGGAGACACUUUGGUUCAGAUUACUCGACUCGUUUUGUGACCCUCUAAUGGAUUCAUAUGGUGAUGAAAUGGUGUCUGGAGGAGAAAAUCAUGUUCAAAUGCUACCUGAAUCAUCAGCCUCACACGAGGAUGAAGAGGCAGGUAUAGUUAAGUGGAGAAUCUCAAAAUCCCAUAGAGGGGCUCAUAUCUUGAGAAAAUUGUUCUCUCGGUUCAUCAAAGAGAUUGUCGAGGGAAUGAUAGGAUAUGUUCGCCUCCCAACUAUCAUGUCGAAACUCCUCUCUGAUAAUGGCAGCCAGGAGUUUGGUGAUUUUAAACUUACCAUAUUGGGCAUGCUUGGAAUAUAUGGCUUUGAAAGACGAAUUCUGGAUACUGCCAAAUCCUUAAUAGAGGAUGAUACAUUCUAUACCAUGAGCUUACUCAAGAAGGGGGCCUCUCAUGCAUAUGCACCCCGGAGUUUUAUAUGUUGUAUAUGUAAUUGCCUGCUCAUGAAGGACUCUUCUAGCUUUAGCAUUCGAGUUUUUAACUGUGGCCAUGCAACUCAUCUCCAAUGCGAAGUUCCAGAAAAUGAGGCAACAAGUAGAGGCACCUCAUCUGGAUGCCCGAUUUGUAUGCCGAAGAAGAAAUCUCAGAAAGCAAAAAAUAAAUCGAUUCUUCCCGACAAUGGUUUAGUGAGUAAAUUUUCGUCCAGACCUCAACAAGCACGUGGAACUAAUAUUCUACACCCGCAUGAAAGUGAUGCGUCAGAGAAUCCCUAUGGGCUUCAGCCAAUUUCACGGUUUGAGAUCUUGGCUAGUUUGCAGAAAGACCAGAGAUUUGCCCUGAUAGAAAACAUGCCUCAGUUGAGGCUUGCACCACCGGCUGUGUAUCAUGAAAGAGUGAAGAAAGGAACGGAUAUUUUUACUGGGGAAAGUAGCAAUGGCCUUACAAAAAUAGAGAAACCAGGCAAAAUCAGGCAACUGAGGGAGCUAAGAGUAAAGGGAUCAUCUCGGUUCCCUUUAAAAUCAAGUAUAUUUGGCAAGCAGAAGAGCAGCAAGCGGUAAUGCGAGCGUCGUGUAUUUAUAGAGCACUAACAAUACUGGAGAUGAUAAAAACCAUGUUGGCUGAGUUUUUGACUUCUCUUUAUUCUUUCUUUCUUUUCUUUUUUUGUUGUAUAUUUUCAUAUUUGAUCGCUGUUGAUAUUAUUAACUUAUGUAAGUAGAAUAACUUGUACGUAGGUCGAAUAAUUGGAAGGUAUUUAUAACGAAAUUGAAAUAGAUUCAAGCGAUUAAUGAAGGAACAUUUUCUUUAGAAUCUUUUAUUGAA